CUGCCCGAGCCCGUGUGUAUGUGUGUAUGUGUGUGUAUGUGUGUGCGUGCGCGCGUGUGGGCCAGGCUCGCCGCGGGCUCCCGGGUUGCGGCUGCACUUGCUCCGUAGUUGUGCGGCGGCGGGCUUUUGUGCCGGAACCCCGGCCUCGGCUUUUGUGUGUAACGGACUUUUCCGCUCGGCUUCACCGCCAACUCCUCCUGGGCGGACGCCCGGACGCGACGGUGCAGCCCCGGGCCGGGAGCGAGCCGGAGGAAGCGAGCGGGCGGGCGGGCGAGCGGGCGAGUGAGCGCGGCGGCGGCGGCGGCGGCGGCACGGGCCGGGGAGCCGCGCAGACGCGGAGAUGCCCGAAUUCCUGGAAGACCCGUCGGUCCUGACGAAGGACAAGUUGAAGAGUGAGUUGGUCGCCAACAACGUGACGCUGCCGGCCGGGGAGCAGCGCAAAGACGUGUACGUGCAGCUCUACCUGCAGCACCUCACGACGCGCAACCGGCCGCCGCCGCUGUCCGCCGGCGGCGCCAACAGCAAGGGGCCGCCCGACUUCUCCAGCGACGAGGAGCGCGAGCCCACCCCGGUCCUCGGAACAACCAGAAAGCUCUAUGAGAAAAAGCUGUUAAAACUGAGGGAACAAGGACCAGAAUCAAGAUCUUCUACUCCUCUUCCAACAAUCUCUUCUUCAGCAGAAAAUACAAGACAGAAUGGAAGUAAUGACUCUGACAGAUACAGUGACAACGAAGAAGACUCCAAAAUAGAACUCAAACUUGAGAAGAGAGAACCACUAAAGGGCAGAGCGAAGACACCAGUAACACUCAAGCAAAGAAGAAUUGAGCAUAAUCAGAGCUAUUCUCAAGCUGGAGUAACUGAGACUGAAUGGACAAGUGGAUCUUCAAAAGUCGGACCUCUGCAGGCAUUAACUAGGGAAUCUACAAGAGGGUCAAGAAGAACUCCAAGGAAAAGGGUGGAAACUUCACAACAUUUUCGUAUAGAUGGUGCAGUAAUUUCAGAGAGUACUCCUAUAGCUGAAACUAUAAUGGCUUCAAGCAACGAAUCUUUAGUUGUCAAUAGGGUGACUGGAAAUUUCAAGCAUGCAGCUCCUAUUCUGCCAAUCAGUGAAUUCUCAGACAUACCCAGAAGAACACCAAAGAAACCAUUGACCAGAGCUGAAGUGGGAGAAAAAACAGAAGAAAGAAGAAUAGAAAGGGAUAUUCUUAAGGAAAUGUUCCCCUAUGAAGCAUCUACACCAACAGGAAUUAGUGCUAGUUGUCGCAGACCAAUAAAAGGGGCUGCAGGCCGACCAUUAGAACUCAGUGAUUUCAGGAUGGAAGAAUCUUUCUCGUCCAAAUAUGUUCCUAAGUAUGUUCCCUUGGCAGAUGUCAAAUCAGAAAAGACAAAAAAGGGACGCUCCAUUCCCAUGUGGAUAAAAAUUUUGCUGUUUGUUAUUGUAGCAGUUUUUUUGUUUUUGGUCUAUCAAGCUAUGGAAACCAACCAAGGAAAUCCCUUUUCUAAUUUUCUUCGUGAUGAGGCUAAAACAUCCAACUGAGUAGUAUCACUUUGGCACGUUCAACUUGGUCUCCUAUUUUUAAUAUAUAGAAAAACAUUUGUGUAUACUUGUUGACUGAAGAACUAAAAAUAAUGUGAUUUCACCUCAAUAAGUUUAGUUUUCCAUUGAAAAGUAAACAAGAUAUAUAAAUGGACUUAAACCUUUGGACUAGUAGGAGAUCACAUUGUGCCAUAUGAAUAAUCUUUUUUAGCUCUGGAACUUUUUUGUAGGCUUUAUUUUUUUAAUGUGGACAUCAUAUUUCAUUUUUGGGAAAAAUACAUUUCUUUGGUGUAUUUGAAAAACAAGGGCGCAAAACAUGAUAGUACAAUGUGAAGCUACACAUUUAAAUUCUUGGAAUGCUUACAGAAACUAUUUUAAAAUUCUCUACUGGAUAAAAAAUGUUACAGACCUGUGAAACAUGAAAUUCAGUAAGAGAAAAGGUAACCUGGUUGUACUUUUUAUAACUGCAACAAAAUUUGAUGGUAUU